AGAUUUAGAUGAGGGAGAAAGAGACAUGUUGGUAAGAUAAACAAGUAAAAGCAGAGAAAAUAGUUGGGAGGAAUCCUCUCCUCAGCACGCUGUAGCUCUGUUUCCUCAAACUGCUUUUCUCUGCCAAGAUUUCAGAAGGAGAAGAAGGUACAGGGAGACAUUUUUUGCUGUAUAGUCUGCUGCAUCAUCAUUAAAACGAUACACACACAACAUGUUAUGUAUACAUACAUUAUCUCAACUACACACAAACUAGAGCAGUACUUUAGUAGUAAUAUAAACAUCUCGAGAUUCCCACCUCGGCUAUGACCCAGAUCUUCCCGGAUCACAAGGAUUAAAGGCAAAGGCGGCGAGCUAAUUAAUACCCCCUCCUCCCCUUUUUCCCAUCUUUUCUUGCUACAGAAUACACCCCACUCUUUAACCCUUUUUCUUCUCUUCUGGGUUGUUGAGUUUUCAUUCAUUGUCAUCAAUGUGGAUCAUUUAUUCUGCUCUCUUCUCGAGGUCCCCUUCUUCAUCUUUCAGAUUUUGAUUAUACUCUUGCUUGUAUGUUUUUCUGUUGGAUAGUUCUUGUACAAGUAUUGAGAGAGAGAGAGAGAGAGAGAGAGAGAGAGAGAGAGCAUUUUGUCUUUAUUUUUUCUUGCUCCUACAGAGACUUAAGUUCUGGGAAAAGGGUUGUUCUUGGUAAGAAAAAAAUAUUACAACAAGUAUCAUACAGAGGGAUUGCAAUUUGGUUAAAAUGAAGUAUAUGAAGCUGGGCUCUAAACCUGAUGCAUUUUAUGCUCAAGGCAACUGCAGGCACGUCUCGUCUGAUUUGGCAACAGAUGUUACAAUCAUUGUUGGCGAAGUAAAGUUUUACUUGCACAAGUUUCCUCUCAUGUCAAAGAGCAAUCGGUUGCAGAAACUAGUAUCUGGAGCAAUUGACGUUGAUUCAAAUGAAAUUCUGCUACCUGAUUUUCCUGGGGGUCCAAAAAACUUUGAGAUUUGUGCGAAGUUCUGCUAUGGGAUGAUGGUGACUCUCAAUGCAUACAAUGUAGUUGCUGCUCGUUGUGGUGCUGAGUACCUGGAAAUGACUGAAGACGCUGACAGGGGAAACCUUAUUUUUAAAGUUGAGGUAUUCCUAAAUUCCAGUCUUUUCCGCAGCUGGAAAGAUUCUAUUAAUGUUCUGCAAACGACAUCUUCUCUUUUACCAUGGUCUGAAGAGCUGAAGGUGGUUGGGAGAUGUGUGGAUUCUAUUGCGUCUAAGACUUCUGUGGAUCCUUCAAGCAUCAAUUGGUCCUAUACGUAUAACAGAAAAUUAACCCUAUCCAAUGAAAUAGUUGAUGACACCACAAAAGUACAGGAUAGAUCUGCAUCUGUUCCAAAGGAUUGGUGGAUUGAAGAUAUAUGUGAACUGGAUAUUAGUCUCUAUAGGCGUGUUAUGAUUGCUAUUAAAUCAAAGGGAAGGAUGGAUGCAAACAUCAUUGGAGAGGCUUUAAAGACGUACGCUGUUAGAUGGUUGCCAGAUUCAGUGGAGGCUUUGUUGUCUGACGUGCAUCAACAGAGGAAUAAGUCCUUGGUAGAAACAAUAAUAUGUUUAUUGCCUUCAGACAAGGGUAUUGGUUGUUCCUGUAGUUUUCUGUUGAAAUUAUUGAAAGUUGCUAUUCUGAUUGGAGCAGAAGAUUUAUCAAGGGAAGAUCUAAUAGAGAGGAUCAGUUUGAAGCUGGAUGAAGCUACUGCUAGUGAUCUUUUGAUCCCGGCACAGUCCACACAAGAUACUAAAUAUGAUGUUGACCUUGUGCAGUGCCUUGUUCACAGAUUUAUGAUGAAUGAAAACAUUGGACAAGACUCUAAUAUAGUCUUGAAGAAUGAGAAGAACACAGAUGAUUUUGUGCUGGGGCAUGGACCCUUGCUGAAUGUUGGCAAACUGAUAGAUAGGUAUCUUGCUGAAAUUGCCACUGAUCCAAAGCUUGCUCUUUCCUGUUUUAUAGACUUGUCACAGUCCAUCCCAGAGGCAGCCAGACCAAUUCAUGAUGGAUUGUAUUGGGCUAUUGACAUCUAUCUCAAGGAACACCCAAUCUUGACAAAAGCUGAAAGGAAGAAAUUAUGUAGUAUGAUGGAUGUGAAGAAAUUUACUGCAAAUGCAUCUAUGCAUGCAGCACAGAAUGAAAGACUUCCACUCCGUGUUGUGGUACAGGUCCUGUUUUUCGAGCAGGUACGGACAGCUGCUAUAGUCCAAAAUACUAACAGCAGUGGCAGUCUGGAAGUGUCACGCUCCACAACCAACACUGAUGAAGAUCUGGAGAAAUCUGAGCCACAGCCCAUGACCCUCCAGAAACAAAUGAGUCAGCUCAGAACCACCAACAAAGAUUUUCAGAAAAAUGGCAAGUUGAUCAAGGAAGGUAGCAAACACAAGAGUGCCAUCCAGUUGCUUCCAUCCCGAUCACGGAGGAUAUUUGAUAAGUUGUGGGUUGUCGGUAAAGGGAACGGCAUGGGUGAAGCUAAGAGCUCCGAGACAUCUGGUAGUUCACAGAGUCCAAGUUCGAUGAUCCGAGGAGAAGUCAAGGAGUCUCCAUCAACUGCUAGAGAUAGAAGGCAUUCAAUAUCCUAAGGUAUAGUAUUCAGGGUAAUAUUUUGAAUUAAGCAGUAUAAGAAGGCUGAGAUAUGCAAAGUGUAAAAAGUGGUAGGAUCUGAUUCAAGAACUGGAGUAGACUCUUAGUAGUUUUAGUUCCACUGCGGGGGGAAAUUUGUAAUCACUUUCUACUUCCCAAAUACUCUUUUAACUUAACUGUAGAACCAUGAUCAGUGCCAUUGUUUCAUUCAGUCCUUGCUAUUAUAUUGCAUGCGACUCAUUAAUUUAUUUAAUUUAGCCUUUUGCUUGUUCA